GUCAACUACCUGUCGUGUUGUGCGGAUCAUGCGGUUCACUUGCUGUCCCGGUAUCCUAGUUUCUCUUAGCCUCCGAUUUUUGGUUACACGAGUGCCUAUAAAUCACAGGUAGGUUCCGAUGAUGAGAUCAAGGCUUGUCGAGUGCUUCUGGACCACGACUCAUUGGCUGUCAAGUCUGUCACAUACCCCCUCGUGGCUCUUCGUCUUACCCACUGCUGUGAGAUACAGUGAGUGUAAAUUGGAGCCGUAAUUAGUCGGAUAUAAAACUGUUUGACAAAAAGGCGUCAAACUAAAACCAUCCGUACAGACAUUAGGUUUACCCCCUCCCUAACCAUCAUCGGCGACUGACAGUUUGGUCCUGUUCCCAUGACUUUCCCUUUAGUAAUCUGAGGUACUACUGACGUGAUACUUCUUUCUGUUUCAGCGAGUCAACUGCAAAGAUUAGUUGGAAAAAUAUCCGAUGAGAAUUGUGGAUAAAUACUGGGUAAGCGCUAGCAUUACUCAUGACCCGAGAUGUUUAAUAUAUUAACUGGUUGUAAUUAUUGAUUCAUAUCCCUUUUACUUUAUUAUAAUAAAAACUGAAGACUCCCUAUCUAUCUUUGGUAAAAAUUCGUCACUUGAUAGAUAUAAUGAUGUAAAAUACCAGUUACCUCAAAAUACCACCCGUAUGCAUACUAUUUUAAUACUCGGUGUCGGCAGUGGGAUUCAUGUCGGUUACUUGAACUAGACAUCUUAGAGUGUUGAGAGGUCUCAUUGAGCUCCACACAGUUUUAUGCAGAUUGAAAAACCUCGAUGUACGUCUGACAAGCCUGUCUCAGGACAGUUGUAUUUCUGGAUACCAGAGGUUGUCACUCAUGAGGCGACUGUGGUCACUUCUGGUCUCCCAGUCUUUGACAUUCUUUGACACGCUUGCGUAAACCAAUUGAUUUGUUUGUACUUACCUAUUGACAUCACGGUACAGUCCCAAGAUUUGUUUCGUUUUUUGGAGUAGUAAACAUUGGCUGUAUUUAUUCUGAUGCAGUAUACAACUCGAUCAGAUAGCUAGUUAUCCUAGAAGUAAAUUCUCUGAUAAGGCCCAAACACAUAUUAGUUCUCUUUAAGCCUGAUGAAAUUCGAAAAAUCAGCAGAUGAUUAAGUGCGCCUAAGACUGUCAGCUUGCAAAUCUAGGGUUCAGUAGGAUAAGACCUCAAAUCCACCACACUAGUAAAUCUAAUAGUUAUUUAGGGGUUGUUAUUUCUUGUGUAUAUCUGGUUGCAUUUGUUCCAUUGAAGUAGGGCUUCAACCUGCAGCAAUCAGACUACCGAAAAAGUGAAUAGUUCUUUGUUGCAUGAAAAGUUAUGAAAUGGGAAUUUAGAAUGUAGAGAAGCAAAGAGAAGAUAACUUUUAUGACGUGAAGGAGUAGUUUACACAAAUGGUGUGAAUAAGCAAGAGUCUAAGUAUAAUGGAUUUGACAUAGGGAUUGCUUCGUGUUGCAGUUUGUUGAUUUCCUCAGUGUAUGCCCUAUCCACCCCCAGAAUCUUUUCCCUGAUUUCCUCUCCAGCCAGAAGCUAGCUUGCUCUCUCUCAAAGUAGGUUGUUACUGGUGGUACCCGACUCUCGACAAUUGUUUUAAAUACUUACACUAUUUUGACGACGGUCGUAGUAGUUCUCCAAGUUUCAGCUCUAUACGGUAGAACUGUCUUAAAGUUCGUAUUGAAGAUUCUGACUGAUGUUGGCUGACAGUUGUUUUGAGUUCCACAUGUUCUUCAGUUGCGAGAAUGCUCCCCUUGCCAAUCCUUACCUUCACAUCUGCAUCAGAUCCUCCUUGUUUAUCAACGAUGCUCCCUAGAUAUGUGAAAUUUACGACCUCUUCCGGAUCUUCUCCAUCAAGUGUGAUUGGGUUGGUGCUCGCUGUGUUGCAUUUCAGGAUCUUGUGCAUGUUAAGGCCUGAUUCAGAGGAGGUUGCUAUACUAGCUGUCUACACCCAUAUUCGUUGGUAUGUAUGGGAUAGGAGGGAUAGGUCAUCUGCGAAGUUCAAAUCGCCUAGUUGCAUCCAAGCUGUUCAUUGUAUUCUUUACUUCCACUAUGUAGAGGUCUUUAUAAUACAGCCGGUCACAAGAAGAGAAAAGACGAUCACAAGCAGCCUUGUUUGACACAGGUCUUUACUUGGAAUACAUCUGUGAUCUAUCUUCCAUGCACGACCUUGCAGUGCAGUAAGCUGUGUGAUGUUGAUGAUCUUAGCAGGUCCACUAUGUUGUCGAAGAAGGUUCCAUAAAUCUCUCUUAUCUGCGCUGUCAAACGUUUUCUCUUAGUCAAGAAAGUUGUUGUGUAGUGACGAGUCCCAUUUUUGUAGAUAAUUCGACCCAAGAGAGCAUCAGAGCCUGAUGGAUUAAGUCCUCAGAUCUUUAGGGAUGUUAGUCCAGUUUUACCGGUCAAGUUAACUGAAAUCUUAGCUAGAACCUGAGAACUGCAUGAAAUCUCAUCUGACUGGUCUCGAUCGCUGAUCAUCUCAGUUUAUAAGAAGGGACAAAAAUCCUCUUGUGACAAUCACAGAGGAAUCUGUUUAACUAAGAUGUCUAAAAUAUUAGCCUCGUUAAUACUUCGACGUUUAAUUAGAGCUCGUUAGGAGCAAACCCAAGAAAACCAGGCUGGUUUCAAACGUAAACGAGUAUGUAUAGACCGAGUAUUCACCCUUCACCAGGUUCUGAAACAUAGACAUACCGUUCGAUGUCCGAUUAUAGUUAUAUUUCUUGACCUUAAUACGGAGUUCAACUACGAGGAUCAUGAGGUUCUGUGGCGGUGUCUAUCAUUGAAAGAUAUCCCAAAGAAGUACAUUAACAUUAUACAGGCUCUCUUCUCGAACAUUUCUAGUUGAGUCAGAGCUUGUGGAAAACUAUCCGGGUCAUCUGCUUCUUCCAUUUUUAUCCAACUCGUCGUUGACAUGUUAUUAAAAGUAACACUUCGAUUGCUUACCUUUUCAGGAGUUUUCCUAUCGGGAGAUUCACUUGUUGACUUGGAGUACCUCGAUAAUAUAGUUCUGUUUGGUGCUGACACAAUGCAGUCUUCUAACCACAUUAAAUAACGACACAAGCAUGUUUCGGACGUGAUUCUAACCCUCCAAAUCCAAAAUGUUGCUUCAGGAUUGACCUGAGUUUGUCAUAGGGAGUGAAGUAGUUGGACGUAUCGACCACCUCACUUAUCUUGAGAGUCUCAUCCGCACUGAUGGUCUGAUUUUUGAAGAAAUCUCAGCAGGAAUUCAGAAGGUCUUAUUGGCAUUUGCCAACUUGCUGUAUGGGGAAGGUAUCGUGCUUCCAGUUUGUAAUUGCUUGAUGAGUACAUUCGCCAAGUGAUCAUAAUUUUUUUAUGCUUUGACAGUCCUAAUUUUCCGAGAGUUUAUUAUUAUGUAAAUUAAUUCUUACUCUAUGUUACAUUAUCGUAUGCCAGUCAUAUAUGUACAGGUUAAAUUAUAAUGUUUAUUAUAUGUAAUAAAAUAUUUGACGUCAAAUACUAACAGACAAUAUUUAAGAUUAUAGGGAUUAUUCUGAACGCCACAGCAGGUAAUUGUUGAUUAAAUGUUAGCUAAAUAAUCGUGUUACUUGUCAGGGUAUGAAAGAAAGUAGAUAAUACUUAUAGAUUUACGCAUUAUCAAAUAUCAAUUACAGACUUAAUGUGUGACUGAACUUCUGGCAGUUAGCUUGUACUAAUUAUGGCCCUGAGUCUUGUUGGAAACACUUAUAAAUAUUUAUUCUUCGUCAUUGUUCAAUAGAUCUCAUUAUCUUCUAAAGAUUAAUAUUGUGUCUCAGUUAAAAUUGCUAACCAAAUGUCUUAUUCAGCAAGGAGUUUGAGUAGUAUUUCAAUCUUACUGUAAGGUUUCGCUAACAAGGUGAAUGUAUAUGUUUGCCAGUUCCAAGGUGUUUUGGUAGUAAAACAGGAUUUCACGUACAAAAUAUUCGGCCGUUUAUUUGUUGGUUCGAGCCUUACUGUACUAGUAAAGGUUUCAUUACGUCUAAAGUAGAUUUACCGGUAACACAAUACAUAGAUAGUAGUCUGAUUGAUAUAAGCUAACUGAUUUUAUUUAGUGCAGUCACAGUACCUCACUACACAAGAAUAGUCAAACUGGAAGAUGCACAUAAAGGCGUCCAGACAAGUGAGGGAACAUUUUUUGUUCUUUCAAAUAUCCUCAAGUGUGUCUACAUUUAAUCGGAUAGUUUGUGUACUUCAUCCUAUUCGAAGUCGUGGGGUAGCAGUAUAAAGAAGUCUUGAAGCAAAAAGUGACUGCCAUGUCUUCGUUUUUCACUCAAUGGUUUUCUAGCUGAUUUCAGAUCCUGGCGACCAAUACUUGCAAACAAUACAAAGUUCUUCACAACAUCAUGUAAUUAAACCAUUAUUAAUUUUUUAACAAUGCCAUAAAUAUUGAUGCUUAAUCUAAAUAUAUUUAGGCGUAUUGGAAUGUUUUAAUAAAUACUGAAUGCAUAGAUAGUUUAAAAGAUAUGAAAUCCUAAACCAUUGAAAAAAUUGGUUGGAGUACAUAAAUUCGAGUUACUGGACUUAAUACUAGAAUUUAACAAAUUGUUAUAACGUUGGACUGACUAAAUUGCGUCAACCUAGGCAUUCAAACUUGAAUCGUAUCAUCAAGGGCCAGAUAUUACGAAUAACGAUGUACAUUUGCACAAUCCAGAUAGUAAAGAGGUGAGGAAGCACAAUGAAGUUAUUUGCAAUCUGAAGUAGCUCACUACACUUGCGAUCCAUAAGAUUAUUUGGAUCUACGCUCACUUGCCAAUCACCCCUUCCAUCGAACAUCUCACUCAUAGGUAAGAAUUGUCACUUAACUUGAGAAUAAAAGAGUCAAGGACAGUUCAGCGGAAAUAUUCCAUUCGACUGUGUCACUUACUCGAGCCCUACUAAUGUACUUGCAGUGAUUCACGAAUAAAUCAGUCCUUUGAAAAAUAGUGAGUAGAUUGCGGAAUAAAUUUCUCCGAAAUGUCAAGUGUCGAAAGAGGGUUAAAAACGAUCGAUGAUCUGAAGAAAAAGGGUGAGAUGACGUCAAAUAUGUGAAAGGUAACUGUCCUUUUGACAAGUAUUACUUACGCCUGUUACUCUCAAUGGAGCACAGGCUGCGGACCAGAAUUCUCGAACCCACUCUGUCUUGGGCCUUCUUUUCUAGUUCCAUCCAAUUCUUGUUCAUUUUCC